AUGGCGGACGGUGACAGCGGCAGCGAGAGAGGCGGCAGUGGUGGGGGCAGCGGGCCCGGCGGCUGUGGUUUUCAGCCCGCGUCCCGCGGCGGCGGCGGCGGCGGCGAGCAGGAAACACAUGAGCUGGCCUCCAAGCGCCUUGACAUACAGAACAAGCGCUUUUAUCUAGACGUGAAGCAGAAUGCCAAAGGCCGCUUCCUCAAGAUUGCCGAGGUGGGCGCUGGAGGCUCGAAAAGCCGUCUCACUUUAUCCAUGGCUGUUGCUGCCGAGUUCCGCGACUACCUGGGGGACUUCAUCGAACACUACGCGCAGCUAGGGCCUAGCAGCCCCGAGCAGAUCGCGGCAGCGGCCAGCGCCGAGGAUGGCGGCGGGCCCCGGCGGGCGCUCAAGAGCGAAUUCCUGGUGCGGGAGAAUCGCAAGUACUAUCUGGACCUCAAGGAGAACCAGCGUGGCCGCUUCCUGCGUAUCCGUCAGACCAUCAACCGCCUCGGGGGCAGCGGCGGGUUCGGCGGGGGUCCCGGGCCAGGCGGCCUACAAAGCGGUCAGACCAUCGCCCUCCCCGCUCAGGGCCUUAUCGAGUUCCGCGAUGCGCUGGCCAAGCUCAUUGACGACUACGGAGGCGAGGAGGAGGAGCUGGCCGGGGGCCCUGGAGGCGGCGGUGGCGGGGGACCGGGAGGGGGCCUAUACGGGGAGCUCCCGGAAGGCACCUCCAUUACUGUGGACUCCAAGCGCUUCUUCUUCGACGUGGGCUGCAACAAGUACGGGGUGUUUCUGCGAGUAAGUGAGGUAAAGCCGUCCUACCGCAAUGCCAUCACUGUCCCCUUCAAGGCCUGGGGCAAGUUUGGCGGCGCCUUUUGCCGGUAUGCGGAUGAGAUGAAGGAAAUCCAGGAGCGACAGAGGGAUAAGCUUUAUGAAAGACGUGGUGGGGGUGGCGGCGGUGGAGAUGAGUCUGAGGGCGAGGAGGUGGAUGAGGACUGA